UCAUGCUGCUGCCAGGUCCAGAGUCUCUCAUGGGUCCCUGUACGGCCUCCCAUUGCUGCUGUCUCCAUCGCCACACUCUGCCAUGUGCCACUUUCAGGUCUCCUCACACUGCUGGUGUGUUCCAUUUUUUGUCAUAGGGUGCUGGCAGAUUACGGGCCUCCCAUAGCUGCUGCCAGGCCCCUAAUCUGCCAUGGGCCCCUAUAUACCGCCUCCUCAUGCUGCUGCCAAGUCCAGAGUCUCUCAUGGGUCCCUGUACGGCCUCCCAUUGCUGCUGUCUCCAUCGCCACACUCUGCCAUGUGCCACUUUCAGGUCUCCUCACACUGCUGGUGUGUUCCAUUUUUUGU